CGCCUUCGACGGCGUUCUGUUGCCGAUUCAUCACUGGGUUCUUCUAAGCCCACUCGCAUCUGUUCUAGGUUGUAAUUCGGUAUUUGUUUGUCUUCUUCGUGUUUGGGUGUUCAUUCUUUGGUGUUCUUUUGUUCUUUUUCUCUGUCCUUUGUGUUUGCUUUUGAGAUUAUGGCAGAGAUAAGAUCAGAUUCAAAAUCAGUUGUUGUUUCUGAUGUUGUUCCCGUGAUGUCUAAAAUCACGGACCAUAAGUUGAUUGGUUCGAAUUAUUUGGAAUGGAGUAAGACGAUUCGACUGUAUUUGAGGAGUAUUGACAAAGAUGAUCACUUGACUGACGAUCCUCCUGAAGAAACAAACGAUUCAAGGAAAAUAUGGCUCCGUGAGGAUGCUCGCUUGUUCCUUCAAAUUCGAAAUUCUAUCGAUAAUGAGGUAAUUAGUUUGAUUAAUCAUUGUGAAUUGGUUAAAGAACUAAUGGGUUACUUGGAGUUUUUGUAUUCUGGCAAAGACAACAUCUCUCGCAUAUAUGAUGUUUGCAAAGCUUUUUAUCGCACGGAAAAACAAGAUAAGUCUCUUAUGAAUUAUUUUAUGGCUUUCAAGAAAACAUAUGAAGAACUUAAUGUGCUAUUACCCUUUAGUCCUGAUGUAAAAGUUCAACAGCGCCAACGAGAACAGAUGGCUAUUAUGAGUUUUCUUGCAGGACUCUCAUCUGAAUUUGACUCUGCAAAGUCACAAGUUCUCUCUGGUUCUGAUGUCUCCUCUUUACAAGAUGUGUUUACUCGUGUUCUUCGCACAGAGACUACCUCUUCAACUCCUCUUAAUAGCGCCUUGGUGAGUCGUAAUAAUUCUGCACCGGAAAGAAACUCUACUCCAAGUGGAUUUAAAGGAGGUAAUUCACAAGGACCUGAUAACCGCACACCAAAUUCUGGGAGCAUCAUGUGCAAUUAUUGUAAGAAACCAGGCCACACCAAGUUUGAGUGUAGGAAGUUACAAUUUAAGAAUCGACAACAGCACUCUGCCAAUAUUGCAAGCACUAGUGAUGCAUCUGACAAAUCGGUCCUUAUUUCUGCUGAUGAAUUUGCCAAGUUCUCAAGGUAUCAGGAAACACUUAAGUCUUCAUCUUCUUCUGUCACUGCGAUUGCUGAUUCAGGUAACUCUAAUGCAUGCCUUCUUUCGAAAUCCUCAAAAUGGGUCAUUGAUUCUGGUGCCACAGAUCAUAUGACAGGUAAUGAGUAUUAUUAUUUGGGGUGUUACACAGUCCCACUUCUGUUGUCACCUUAGCUGAUGGGUCAACAGCUUCUGUUCUUGGAUCUGGCACUAUUGUUCCUACACCUAUGCUAUCUUUAUCAUCAGUCUUACAUUUACCUGAUUUGUCCUUUAAUUUGCUUUCUGUUAGUCAACUCACUCGUAAUCUAAAUUGUUGCAUCUCAUUCUUUCCUGAUCAUUGUUUGUUUCAGGAUAUUAUGACGAAGAAGAUUAUUGGUAAAGGACAUGAAUCUGGUGGCUUGUAUGUUCUUGACCCACUUCCGCCAACCUCUAUUGCUUGUUCGAGUGUUGCUUCCGCUUUUGAGGCUCAUUGUCGUUUAGGUCAUCCAUCCCUUCCUUUGCUCAAGAAACUGUGUCCCCAAUAUAGUAGUUUAUCUUCGUUAGAAUGUGAGUCAUGUCAGUUUUCCAAACAUCAUCGUGUUAGUUUGAGUCCACGUGUCAAUAAACGUGCUAGUGUUCCUUUUGAUUUAGUUCAUUCUGAUGUUUGGGGUCCUUCUCCUAUUUUGUCUCAACCUGGAUUCAGGUAUUUUGUUACUUUUGUGGAUGAUCAUUCUCGUUUAACUUGGUUAUAUUUAAUGAAAAAUCGUUCUGAGUUGUUUUCUAUA